AGCCCAGAUCACGCCACCCAGCCCAGCCUUCCUGGGGAUGGAGCUGAACCACACGUACCUGCUGCCUGCACAACCCACGCUAGCGGAUGAUGGAGAUUACAAAUGUGUGAUAGAUGUCUCUGAUGUGGCCCUGGAUGGUGUCACGCUGCUCAUCUGCCUGUGCGGUCUGGUGGGGAAUGGGGCUGUCCUCUGGCUCCUCAGCUUCUGCAUCCGCAGGAAUCCCUUCACCGUCUACAUCCUCAACCUAGCCUUUGCAGACUUCAUCUUCCUCCUCUUCAUGCUCAUCUCAGCCCUGUUAUACAUCGUGGAUAACAUCUCCUGCUCCACUUCAGAGUUUCUGAACUACCUGCGGUCACUUUUGCUGCUGUCUCUCUUUGCCUACAACAUUGGCUUGUAUCUCCUGACAGCCAUCAGCAUAGAGAGGUGUGUGUCCGUCCUGUGCCCACUCUGGUAUCGCUGCCGCCGCCCCGAGCACUUGUCAGCCAUUGUGUGUGCCCUGCUCUGGGCUCUCUCCAUCUCUGUAAUUGCUGCAGUGACUUUUCUCUGCAUGUCUCGCCAACAUGAGCAUUGCCAGCUGGCUCUCAUCUCCAUGUGUGUCCUCACUUUCCUUAUUUUUGCCCUACCCAUGGUCAUUUCCAAUGUGAUCCUCUUCAUUAAGAUCCUGUGUGGCUCCCAGCAACGUCAACCCAGGAGGCUCUACAUCGUUAUCUUCCUCACAGUCCUCUUCUUUCUCGUCUUUGUGGUUCCUCUCAGCACCUGGAGCUUCCUACAGCAGGUUAACUAUGUUGUUGGCCAGUCCCAGAUUGUUUUCUUGCUCGUCUGUAUCAACAGCAGCAUCAACCCGUUUAUCUACUUCCUAGUGGGGAGCUACAAGAGGCAUUUCUCCUUGGUCUCCUUGAAGGUUGCCUUCCAGAGGGUCUUUGAGGAAACGGUGGUUACCACCAUCUCCAGCUAAGGGACCACUGUGGCCACAUCAGCUGUGCUACCUACGCCUGUUUCAUGCUCAGCUGGCAGUGUGUCCGUGUGGCCAGUUCCUCUGGUGCCAGAGAGUGCAGCUCACCUUCCUGCAGCCGGAGUGUCAGGAGGCCUCCUUCUCCCAGGUCUGGACUGGCAGCAAUGUCUGUCCUGCUUCCAGCAGCUGUUUUCUUCUGUUUGCUCUCACACUCUUCUGCACAAGAAACCUAACUCUCCACAGGGCGUGUUCUGUUUGGG